AUGAGCACCACCAACCUUCAAGAUCUCAAUGUCAAGAUGCAGGCUCUCAUCGAUGCCUUUGAGUCACACCCUCAAUGCAAGCCCCCUAAUACCCACCCAACUAUCUUCUUCCUGUAUGACUUCGUCCGAGACUCCUUCAACCAGCUGAAGGCCGUCGACGCCGAAAAGUACGCUGCUGGUGACAAUGGCGCUAAGAACGCUGUGGGUGAGGUUGAAGGUCGCAAUGUGUUUGCCAACAUGCUCGUCAAUGAUACCUCUGGCAAGCUCUCCAUGAUGACCGGCGGUGACCCCUCCAACCCUGCCGAUUUCGGUGCGGAGAUCAAGGCCAAGGCUCUGGCUUUGGCUCAGUAA